UCGCUUGUAGCUGCUCGUGUACGUAUACUGCUGGAAAUUGUGAAAAGAUGUCGAAAAAUUCAAGCGAAUAUAGAUACGUGAUGAUGUUCAAGAGCGUAGUCGAUCAAGAGCUACUUCCAAAUGACUUCGAUGUUUGGACUAUAGAGGAGCAAUGUAUAUGGAUAAACAAAAACACCCCGACAUUUUUUCCGAAUACACCGAAGUCGGUGCUGCAUUUAAUGCCAGCCUACUGUCGCCUAAUAAAUUGCAAACGGUCACCCGUGGAAACACCCGAAUGGUUGGAUAUAGAUAAAUAUCGCAAAGGGCAGAAAUUUGUGCGUGAAAAUUAUACCUCAAUUAUGAUUGGCACACUAUUGGGUGUUUUACAGCUAUAUACCUUCGAGGAAGAUCUAAAUCCAUUGAUCAUAACAAAGCGCAGUAUUACGCCGUAUUUAGCGUUCAAAAGGUAUCUCUCAAACCUGCGACGAUUCUCUAGCUGGUAUGACGGAGAACCUUGGAUUGAAGGAACUCAAGCUUACAAAGACAUGCAAUAUACAUGUAAACUGCAUUUAUUGGUACAAGAAAAAUUGUCUAAACUCGAUGACAAUGAAUUUGAAAACGAAGCCAAAAUUACAGAGCCGUGGUGCCCAGAUCACGAGGUACUUUUAAAAGAUUUCGCCGCGGUGUGUCCAUUUGCUGGUCCUUCUUAUGAAAUGAUUAAUAAGGCACCGUACAAGUUGAAAAACUUAAAUAAUGCAAAUAUGGCAAUUGCACAGAGCUUUUUCUUCAGUGUGGUUUUGCUUUCGCCGCAAAAUGUCGGAAUACAUAAUGCGACUAAUGAAGACAUGGAAGCCUUUUGUCAUAUGUGGAGAUGCUACGGAUAUUUUGUCGGAAUAGAGAAUGAGUACAACAUCUGCCGUGGCAAUCUCAAGGAAAUAAAACACCGUAUUCGAGAUUUACAUAAAUUGAUGUUGAGUAAUUUGAAUAAUAUUACACCAAAAUGGGAACACAUGACGAGAUGUUUCAUCGAAUCAUUCAAUUAUUAUCCUUGGAUCUAUAUGCCUUACAAGAUGAUGGUGGUACUCGCCAUGGAUACGUUAAAUAUAAGCAUGCCGCAUUUGUAUGCGUCAAUGAGUUACGCUGAAUGGAUUACUUAUAAAAUCUCCAGAUUCUUUUUUAGAUAUACUUUAAAAUUUUCAAUCAUCCGAUCAAUUAUCAAUAAAGUGGCGCACAAAAUAUUUGACAAAGCGAUGAAUGUCAGCCCAGAGAAGAACGCAGAACUUGAGGAAAAAUCAAAACAACAGUUAUUAAAAUUUUCUAUGAAACACUAACAGCGAUGCGCACUUGUAUAAAAAAGAUAUCUAUCUUUAGGGUAACAAAAUAUCAUAAUAUCUUAUAUAAUUUGCGUUGAAUUCUAAAAACAAUUAAAAGUAGUUUAGUAUAAUUAUUUAGACAUUGUAGGAUGGUUACUGAUCAUUACUGUAUACUUUAUCUUUAUAAAGAACCGAAUUUCAGUUGUGCAGGUGGCAGAUAUUUUUACAGGUGUAUAUAUAUAUUUUACAUAAUUUUGAGAAGUAUGUUAGAUAUUGAUUUCUGAACUUUGGUCUAGCUUGAAGACCUUGAUGGCUUUCAAUUAAUACAAUUGAAUUUAAUGUGUCACGUAAUGUGUAUUUAGAAAAAAGUUUUAUUUCAAGUAAAUAAUAAAAAAAAUAUUUCUUAACUCUUAAAUGGGCACCUUUCAGCCGAACGUUAACAGACGCGCGCGGCACUGAACGCCGCAUCACAAAUUUAUUAUUUAAAAUUUAUUAUGAUAAUUGGAAGAAUAAUUGUAGAAUCGUCAAAAGUAACUAUUCUUUCUUAUAGUUGAGAUGUUGAACGAAGAAUACAGGAGGUCGAUAAUAGAAGAAAGAAAUGCGUUACCGAUGAUUUUUCAGAACAACAAAAACAGUUUUUCGGCACUCAUUGUCUGCCACGGCGUGUCCACUUAAGAGUUAAGUUUAAAAAUGAAUUUUGUAAUAACUAAUAUUUAUUUAAAUCAAGGAAAUAAUAUUAAAAUAAUAAAUAUCUUUAUGUGAAUGUAAAAAACUUUUUUCGUAUUUUUGUAUUUGCAUCUGAUAUAUAAAAUUAUAUUAUGUAUGGGAAAGGAUUAUGGGCCACAUACUCUGCAAAUAUAAUAUAAUGAACAUUG